AUGCUAAAUUGUUGUUUGUUUUUUGAAAUAAAACAAAAUGAUAAUGCACCAAAAAAUUUGAAAUACGGAGAUAUUUUAUUGACAGAAGAACAAAUGGAAAGAAUUAAUUUAGUUAAAAAUGUUACAAACAAAAUAAGAUCACAUUUUCGAAAAGAAGCAACUAUAGUUUCUUGGGUAGAUGGAAUUAUUCCAUAUACUUUAUCACCAAAAUUUGGUUUAAUGGAAAAAAUAAUUAUUGAAAAAGCAAUGAAAAAAAUUGAAGAAGUAUCAUGUUUUAAAUUUAAACCACGCAAUUUUGAAAUAGACUUUUUAAAAAUAUCACCAUUAGAUGGAUGCUAUUCAUAUGUUGGUAAAAUUGGUGGUGGACAAGAUUUAUCAUUAUCUAAAGGAUGUAUUUAUGAUUAUAUUAUUAUCCAUGAGCUUUUACAUGCUAUUGGAUUUGAACAUGAACAUCAACGUUAUGAUAGAGAUAAAUAUAUUAAUGUUGUUUAUCAAAAUAUUGAACCAUCUCAAUAUCAUAAUUUUGAUAAAAUAAAUAUUCAUGAAGUAACAACAUUUCAAUAUAAAUAUGAUUUAAAAUCUAUAAUGCAUUAUGAUGAAACAGCAUUUGGAAAAAUAAAUCAUAUAACAAAAAAAAAGCUUGUAACAAUGAUUCCAAAAGAUAAUUCUUUAACAUUACUUGAUAAUUUAAAAUUAAGUCAAUGGGAUAUUGAGAAAUUGAAUUUAGCUGGAAAUUGUAAAUCAAAAAGUAAUGGAAAAGGUGAAUAUAUUGUAACUGACUCUGGAGAAAAAAAAACAAAUUUAGUUGUUAUAGAUUGCUUAGAUUUAUCACCAUUUUGUUAUCUAUACCUUAAACAAGGUUUAUGCUUAAAUGCCAUCUAUAUACAACUUACAACAUCAUUGUGCCCAAAAACAUGUUUUAAUUGUAUGCUUUCUGUCUGA